AUGGUGGCUCAACGUAUACUACCACCGCCAAGCCCUCCGCCUUUUCCUCCAGCGUGGAACAAGCAGUAUAACAAUGGGGUCCAUGACCCACCGCCGGAUAUCAUCAGUAAUAUGAGUGACAUUGAAAGUGUCGAUCCCGAGGUGAAGGAGUUGAUCAAGGGAAGGGAAAGUUUGACUUUUGGCUCUGAUGCUGGAUGCACCCAUAUUGUUGAGGAACCUUUGAUCGAAGACCAGCAGCUUCAAAACACGGUAACCAGUGAAGACUCGAAUUUGCCCUCGGCAACGUCGCUGUCUACGAGUAUCAACGAAGUUGGCUUUAAUCAAACUCGACUAAUGGAUCAAUAUGGGAAUGUUUUUACCUUGCAUCCGAAUGGAUUUGUCACCCCUUUUAAGCAAGCUACGGGCCACAUUGGUGGCAUGGGCUACACCAAUCAUUUCCACUAUCACCAGCAGCAGCAGCAGCAGCAGCAGCAUCAUGCGAGCCACCAAAAUCGACACUAUCCAUUCCUGCAAAACACAAUUGCCAUGUCAUCGUCUGCAAGACACUUUAAUCACUCUGCACUUUCAUCCUCAAUGUCAUCCAUCAAUUCCCCUUAUCGGAGACAACUUCAGAAAUUCAGAAAUUUGGCGUCGCAGUCUAGUAAAGCAUCUUCACGUCUUUAUUUAUUCCAGAAUCAUAUUUUGAAACAAGCACAGUUUUGCGGAGACUUGGAUUUGGGCACUUCGAAUCGAUAUGGAGAUGUCGAUUCAACUUCCAUCAUUAUCAAUCUGAGCAGUGCCAAUACUAGCUCCAGGUCGAGUUAUAGAAACAGUUUACGGUCAAGCUCACGAAAUUGCACUAGCUCGCGGGGCACAAAGCUGCCUCCACUGUCCAACAAUGACGAUAUAAAGGAGGUGGACGAGGAGGAAGACGAGGACGACGACAACGAGCGGGAAGAGGACGGCGAGCCAGAUGAGGACCAUGAACAACGUGAGCAACGUAAACAACUCGUGGAUAGAGAAUUGAACGCUGUAAAACCAGUAGUGUCAGCGCCCAGACCAGUAUCAGCGCCAGUACCAAUGCCAGUACCAAUGUCAGUGCCAGUGCCAGCAUCAAUGCCAGUAUCAGUGCCGGUGCCAGCCUCAGUACCAGUACCGCCUCCCAUAUCGAGCAUUGUAAACGGGGCGAGUCAGUGGGUUCCUAUGCCUAUGCCACAGGAUGCUUACUCCAAUGCAAUUGUUGUUGACGAUGAAGAUGCAGACGUAGAUGAGAAUCCAGAGCUUGAGCAAGCAGGCUUUUGUAGGUAA